UCAAAAGCUCCGUGUUUUUGUUUCAUGAGCCACCACCAGAGGCCUCUAAAGGUACAAAUAACAGCGCCAGAACAACAAGGCGAGCUGAUUAUACAACUUGUACAACAUUGAAUACAGAGAGAAACACUUCAAAAGUUCCACGUGCAUUGCAAACAUGGAGCAACAACAAAUACACAUUCAAAUUGAAAAGUCGGAAGCAUUGUCAACACGUAAAAAAUCAAAUGUGCAACUAUUACCUUUCAAAAUUCAUGCCGAUUGCGAAGCAAAAGUGGAGCAAUACUUCAACAACUUUGUACAAAAAUCAGAAAACGGACAGCUUAGCGGUUCAUUUCGAGGAUAUCCAUUAAAAGGUCAAACUAUUGAAGUUCCCAAGGGAUACAAAGGUGUGAUAUUUCAUGAGAGUAAAUGCAUGCAAAAGGAGAGAAAUUUAUAUGCUGUCAACAAUUUUGAUACCAUUACAUACUGGAACUGGUCAAAAAUACCCAGCAAAAAUGAUGCAAUAAUGCAGGCACUUGACUGGAUAGAUAUUGCUGAAGCUUUGCACUCUCCAAUUAAUGAAGAAUGACAUACAGUUUAGUUUUUAAAUCAUUGUUUUACCUUGAAUGGGAGUAUGGACAAGUCAACAUCCCACUAUGAUUAUUUAUUUAUUGAAAUGCCUAAUAACAAACUGUAAACUUUGGCUUUCAGGAUUAUAAUAUAACUUUUAUAAAAUAAAUUAAAGUGUGAUUACAAUCAUAAAUAA